AUGGCAAGUAAGUAUGGCAAUCUGGGCAAUGCCUAUCUCAGUUUAGGAGAAUAUCAGAAGGCCAUUGACUAUUACAAAAAAGGUUUAGAAAUAAGCAUUGCUAUUGGCGAUCAGUUAGGAAUAGCAAGUAAGAAUGGCAAUUUGGGCACUGCCUAUCGGUGUUUAGGAGAAUAUCAGAAGGCCAUUGGUUUAGAAAUAAGCACUGCUAUUGGCAAUCGGUCUGGAAUAGCAAAUCACCUCGGCAAUUUAGGAAAUGGGCAUCGAUGUCUUGGAGAGUAUGAAGUUGCAACAUCACACUUAGUGAAGUCAAUUAGUUUCUUCGAUACAAUAUUUUUAGAUUCGGUUCCGGAUCAGAAUAAGUUAUCGUUCACAAAGCAAUAUUUCGAGAGUCAUAGAGCUUUAAUGAGUUGUUUCCUUUCUUUGGAACGUAUAGAAUCCGCAUUAUUGGUUAUUGACCUAGGUAGGGCUAAAGAGCUCCAUUGCCGCGUUGAAAAACAUAAGAAUUCUGUGAACAAGGACAUGUUCAAUUAUGCCCGUGCGAUAUGGAACAGAAUCGAGGCCAGAGAAGAGCGAAGAGAAAUGGAAGAAAUGCAAACAUUUCUCCAUCUUGGAAAAAAUUGUACUUCAAUUUUACUAUUUGCAUUUAAUUUGAAAGAUUCUCUUAAUGUUUGGGUUUUAAAUGAUGAAGUUAUCAUUAGAAAAUUAGAUGCAUGUUUCGAAACAUUACAGUGUUUAAUUAUGGAACUUCUUGGGAGGGUAGAAGUUAGUAUUGAUCGGAAUUCUUCGUUUUGCAACUCCGACUCAGUUGUUAAUAGCCAUGAUCAAAUGAGUUCUCCUUUCGAAAUACCUAACAAAAAGCCACUCUCUAAAAAUGUGCUUGAAAAUACUGCUCACUAUAGUGAUUUGAGUAAUCGAGAAAUUUUGGAAAUGUUGUUCAAACUUUUGGUUGAUCCUGUGAAAGAUCUCGUUAACGGCAAUAAGCUCAUUGUUGUCCCUGACCCGCAAUUGAUUUUUACACCAUUUUCAGCAUUAAUUGAUGAAAAUGGCUCUUAUUUAUCCAACAGUUACAGCGUUCAAAUUACACCUUCAUUGCAUACCCUAAUGUGUACCAUGAAACAAUCCUGUGACUCGAACUUUGGUUUUGCUUUGUUUGUUGGUAAUCCAGCUGUUGGAAAAGUUUCUUUAAACGGAGAAUAUUUUACACCCCGCGGUCUUCCUAGUGCCGCUAAAGAAGUGAAAUGCCUCUCAAAGUUUUUCGAAGCUACCCCUUUAUUGGGCCGCUAUGCAACAAAGGAGGUAGUAUUGCAACUUCUAAAUGGGGCUAGUAUAAUCCAUAUCGCGGCUCACGGCGAACCAAGUCGAGGUGAAAUAAUGCUUGCGCCAAACUCUUUCCCGGUGCAACCAUGUUUAACUGUUCCCAAGCCAGAGUCAUAUCUUCUCGCACAGCGAGAUAUUCUAAAUAUGUCUUUGCAAGCUCGCUUAGUAGUUUUAUGCUGUUGCCAUACUGGGCAAGGUGAAAUUACCUCAGAAGGUGUUAUAGGUAUAACUCGAGCAUUUCUUGCAGCCGGAGCGCGCUGUGUUAUUGCCACAUUAUGGCCCAUUGACGAUAGUGCCACAAAAGAGUUUAUGGAAAAAUUCUAUGGCGAACUUUGCCAAGAAACAUCAGUUUGUGAAGCUUUAAGAAGAACAAUGAACCUCUUUCAGAAACACGAAAUAGUAGCUUAUCGAUCCAUUAGAAUCUGGGCUCCAUUUACCGUCUAUGGAGAAGACGUGAAUUUCCAUAAGAAUGAAAUUGAGCAAAUCAGAGAAAAAUCUCGUGAGAUGUUUUCUGGUUUUGUAGUGCUUUAA